AGGUCAGUUUGUCUUUAACAUUAUUUGGACGAGAAAAAAAAAAGAGAAAAGAAGGGAGAAAGAAAGAGUGACAGUCUCCAAUUCUCCAUCACAAGGAUUUGCUAUCGUCUUGUGUUGUUCGUCAAGAUCACCUUCAGGAUCAUUCAUAACAGUUUAAUUGAAUUUGAGGUCGUAUUUGGAUGCAAGGCUAGAUGGAGCGAAAUCAUGGGCAAUUGGGUGAACAUUUGUGAUAUUUGGAUUAAGAAGUUGCUGAAAUGUCCUCUGCAAAUAUAGGAGAUGUAGGACCAGGUAGUUCAAUGGCUUACAGUGGUCAGAAUGGUUCAUCUAGUUCUUUGGAUUGGUUAGGGAAAGAGAUGCUUGAAUUAAGACUCGGAGACCGAGCGGACCGCGCUGAUGAUAGGCAGGAUAGUGAACCAGAUGUAAUAGAUGGCGUUGGUGCCGAAGCAGGACAUGUUAUCAGGACAACUAUUGGCGGACGAAAUGGUCAGCCUAGGCAGACCAUCAAUUAUAUUGCAGAGCACGUGGUUGGCACCGGUUCCUUUGGUGUUGUGUUCCAGGCAAAAUGUAGGGAGACUGGGGAGAUCGUAGCCAUCAAGAAGGUGUUACAGGACAAACGCUACAAAAACAGAGAGUUACAGAUCAUGCAAAUGUUGGAUCAUCCGAAUAUUGUAGCUCUAAAGCAUUGUUUCUUUUCAACCACAGAUAAGGAAGAACUAUACCUUAAUCUUGUUCUAGAAUAUGUGCCUGAGACUGUCAAUCGCAUUGCAAGGGGAUACAACAGAAUGCACCAGAAGAUGCCUUUAAUAUAUGUCAAACUCUAUACGUAUCAGAUCUGCAGGGCACUUGCGUAUUUACAUAAUUGCAUAGGUAUAUGCCAUCGGGAUAUUAAGCCUCAAAAUCUACUGGUGAAUCCACAUACACACCAGCUCAAACUCUGUGAUUUUGGAAGUGCGAAAGUAUUGGUUAAAGGAGAACCAAAUGUUUCUUACAUAUGCUCUAGAUACUACCGUGCUCCAGAACUCAUUUUUGGUGCUACCGAGUAUACCACUGCAAUAGAUAUAUGGUCUACAGGAUGUGUUAUGGCUGAAUUACUUCUUGGGCAGCCAUUAUUCCCUGGAGAGAGUGGGGUGGAUCAAUUAGUGGAGAUUAUCAAGGUUCUGGGAACACCGACAAGGGAGGAGAUAAAGUGCAUGAAUCCCAACUACACUGAAUUUAAGUUUCCACAGAUAAAACCUCAUCCAUGGCAUAAGGUCUUUCAAAAACGGUUGCCUCCUGAAGCAGUUGAUCUAAUUUGUAGGUUCUUUCAGUACUCUCCCAAUUUAAGGUGCACUGCUUUGGAAGCUUGCGUUCACUCUUUCUUUGAUGAAUUGAGGGAUCCAAAUACACGACUUCCUAAUAGCCGCCCUCUUCCUCCUCUGUUCAAUUUCAAGCCACAAGAGCUCUCAGGCAUUCCACCUGAUAUGGUAAACCGCCUUAUCCCGGAGCAUGCUCGAAGACAGAACCUAUUCAUGGCAUUGAACUCUUGAGGAGCUGCUGGAAAUUGUAGUCUAAUAUUCUCUGUGGAAUAUUAGAAUUUGCUCGUUAUAAUUGUGAGCGUAUAGAAAAUUGUUUGUUGGCCAUGGAAGAGGCUGCAGGACAUGAAGAAGUUCAAAGGGCUGGUGGAGGUGGUUUCAGGGUAUAAAGUAACAAAAUGUAAUCACGGCAUGCAUGUAUUUUACACAGAUAUUUGCAUAGUACUCCGUAUAUUAGUUCAUUACAAACUACAUGGGAAUGUAUUUUGUUUGUGACCGAGGUUUGGGCAUCAUUUUGUCUCCUGGUGUGUCUUGUUCGCUAAUUGCAAAUAGGCUCUACUUAUUGUAUCUAAAAGAUUGUAUUUAUGAAUUUCUGGUAUAGGGACUGAUGACAAGUUUCUAUGGAUGUAUUUGAAUGUGAAAAUUUUCUGAACGAUGCUUGAAUGAAAAAUAUCUAUUUCUCUUUACACAA